CGCCCUCGUCCCUCUCCCGCCCCUCUAACGUCGCGGCGCCCCAUUGGCUGCCGCGCGGCGGGCGGGCGAGCGGGCGGUGACGGCGGUGCCAUGGCGGACCGACUAACGCAGCUGCAGGACGCGGUCAACUCGCUCGCAGACCAGUUCUGUAAUGCCAUUGGAGUGCUGCAGCAGUGUGGCCCCCCAGCCUCCUUCAGCAACAUCCAGACAGCAAUAAACAAAGAUCAGCCUGCUAACCCAACGGAAGAGUACGCCCAACUGUUCGCAGCAUUGAUUGCACGAACUGCAAAAGAUAUUGAUGUUCUAAUAGAUUCCCUGCCGAGUGAAGAAUCAACAGCAGCUUUGCAGGCCGCUAGCCUGCAUCGAUUAGAAGAAGAAAACCAUGAGGCAGCUGCCCGUCUGGAAGAGGUAGUUUAUCGUGGGGAUUUGCUGCUGGAGAAGAUCCAGAGUGCCCUGGCAGACAUCGCCCAGUCACAGCUGAAGACGAGGAGCGGUUCCCACAGCCAGCCCCUUCCCGACUCGUAGCGCCAGAGGGCAGCGCGCCCCGCGGAAAAGUCGCGUCCCAACCACGGCUCUGUGACACCCGGCCCGGCCCCGCGGGACGCUCGAGUGCUCUGCUCGGCGGUCACAGCGGCCUUUUGCACAGCUCAAAGUGCGGAUUUUGUAUGAGAAACGCUCCUGCUGCACAACCGGUGGUUCUGUUCUAGAAUUACGUGUACUGAUGUGUGUUUCCUUGAUUUCAAAUACUAAUUUCUCAGCUUGCUUUUCUGUUCAUAAAUAUGUCUGAUUCAGUCUGAUUUGUUGCCUUGAUUACACAGGCCUUAGUGCCUCAAGGGAAUUCAGAAGGAAAAUAUAUUAAGAGUAUUUGUGUAACUUGCGCCUGCUUUCAAGCUUUUAUGUUCUUGGUGUGUUUUUUGUAAGGCUCAGACAGACGCACUUGGAUUAGCAGAGUUCCAUGGAGACAGUGCUAGACAAUGAUGUGAAUACAGUGGUGGCCAUCUGUUCUAAUUAACAGAAAUGGGAAUUAAACGUUUGUAUCACUACUUGGCUAGUUUACCACCCUUUACAAAGCAAGUAAAGGGAUAAGUAAACUCUGAUGUUUGCAGCAUAAAAAAAAUCUGCAAAUAUCUGAUAUUAGCAUUUAUUAUUGUUUGAAAUUCAGAAAUGGGUCUUUGACUCUAUUACUGCCACUGACACACUUACUUGCUCAAGUCACUUCUUUGCUUCUGCUGCUACUCUGCAUUCUCGGGGCAAGUGGUGACUGCCUCUGAAGCAGACAGCAAUGAGGAAGCAUUGGACAACUGGGAAGAAAUUAGCAAUGAGGAAACUGAAAAUAACUUAUUACGUAAUGUUGCUUUUCAGCGUAAGCGGUGGCUGCCACGUGAAUGCUGCGAUCAGAAGCAGCAAGAGACCUGUCAUCCCCAAUGUGGGGUUUGUCUUUGCACACUGAAUCACUGAACGCUCUUUAUCUUAGCACUGUAGAAAUACCAGCAACUCUUUUUAUACUGGGGGGGAAGGGCAAGCAACCACCAGAUAAUGUAGGGUUCAGUGUGUGAACGUGGAGUUGAACGAUGAGUAAUUUGCUGUAAUUCUGAGUUAGCAGCCUUGCAUUGCUGUAGAAUGCUAUUUAUUGCCACAUAAUAGCUGUUGAUUUCCUGAUCAAAACUACCUACUGCUGUAUAUUGGAUAUGCUGUCAUUAAGUUGAAAGUUACGCGUGUUGCUAUUGCCUACAGACAGAUAAGAGCAAUUCAAGUAUGUUUUCAGCAUGCUGAUUCUUACAGAACUAGAUGCAGCUGCUCACUAGUGAAAGGAAGAGUGUAACAUAGCACAGGAUACAUCUUAUAUACAGCCUGGUUUGAGGAUUUAAAAAAUACAAAGCUGUUCCUGCCUGUAACAAAUACAAAACCUGCAGUAUUUAAUUAGACUGGUACUUAAUUAAAUAUUUAAUAUUAUUCUGUCAAAUUUGCAUAUCUGUAGUCAUAAAUUUAGUCUGCUUUUGUAAGGCUUUUGUACUAUCCAUAUUCUACAGAAGGAAAAACAGUGGGAAAGGUGAACAGGCUACAGUGGAGCCCCAGUUCUGUAAUGGGAUCUUAAUAAGAGUAAUGGCAGUGGUGAAUAACUAAGCAGUGUAAAUAUGCCCCUAUCCCGGGGAGGCUAGAGGGGCCAGGUUUUCAUUUGAAGUCAGUCCUGGGGCCUAGUUUUGGUUGUUUGGGGUUUUUUGACUGGAAAAACUGCAUCUAAUGCCUCUCAAGAUGGGGUGGGGCAGAUUUUGUUGUUUUGCUUUUUAAAAUAGUGAGCUUAGAAAACUUAAAGUGAAAUGUUUGGGCUUUGCUUGUGGAUUUGUAACUUGAGAUUUUCUAGUUGCUGGAAAAGGGGUUAGAUCUAUACAGUAGAUUCCCUGGCAUAGCUCAACAUGCGCAUCACCUCAAACCUGCUAACUUGGAAACUUUUGCUGUGGGAGAUGAUGUACAACUUCAGGAAGAAAACAAUUCUUUUAAUUUCAUGUUUUUCUGGUUUUCCUGCUUGAAAACUGCUGUAUUUCUGCAGCCUGCUGUUGCCUAACUCUAGAAGCUUUUUCUUUCAGUUGCUGUUUGUUUGAAUGUGCUAGCCCACUUAAAGUGUGUAUUGGUAUCAGUUAAUCACACUUGGAAGUAAACCUUAACCAGAGGUAUAAGUACAUUUGGGGUUUCAGUACUUGUGUCUAGUUUAGUGAAUGUUGCUUAUUUAAGAGAUGCAGUUUGUGAUACAGUUAAAAACAAGUAACACAAUAAAGAGAGCCAAAAUUGCUCUUUUUUUCCUUGA